GCCGCAGUCGCAUAGCGAUAUAAUCAAUGGCAUUUCCCCGUUUUCCAUUUGUAAUUUCGCUCCUUUCCCUUAGGUCAUACCAUCUUUAAUAAUUUUCGUUGGUCUCCGAGUCGCGAGAAAUAACCUGUGGACCCACAUCUCCCGUCUUUCGUUUCGGUCUCGCUCGAGAUAUAGCAGUCGAACCAUCCAACCAGCACAGUUUAGCUCAUCCACGUGUCCCACAGUCGCAGUCGUGCGCUGCACAGCAGAGGACUCCGUCAAUUCAAGGAUUCCUUGUUCAGCCGCAACUCUCCCGGUGGUGCUGUUUCCAGCGCACAGCUCAGCGCAGGAACGCGAAUGUCUCAUCUUGAUUCAAUAUCGCAACGCGAUGAACCUUAUAUAAGUUAGAAAACUCCACGGUUUCCUAUUACGCGCGGAGGAGCGGCCGAUACAAGUUCGUCAUGCCUCUGAUCGUCUCAAGAAGGGGUUCCAUUUUCGAGCCGCUGUCGCCCCUUGAUUACUUCUUCGAGUCCCCGCUCAAGUUUAUCGCCUGUCGCGUGUACCUCUUCCUGCUGUCACUGUGUCGGCCUCCGCGACCAUCAGGACCCAAACGGAAACCGCUGCGGGUGGUCUGCGUUUCCGACACACAUUGCCAUACGCGUCCGCUUCCCGAUGGCGAUCUGCUGAUUCACUCGGGAGACUUGACGAAUAUCGGUAGCGUGGAACAUAUCCAAGCCCAGGUUGACUGGCUGAAGACGCUUCCGCAUACGGAGAAAGUGGUGAUCGCGGGUAACCAUGACAGCUAUUUCGAUCCAGCUUCAAGAAGAACGGAAGAUCAGGAUAAGUCAAUAAAUUGGGGCGACAUACAUUACCUGGAGCGAUCGUCGGUGAACCUCACAUUUUCCACGCACGAAGGAAGAACACUCAAGAUCUACGGUGCGCCGCAAAUCCCUCAAUGUGGUGGUACAAACUUUGCUUUCCAGCACCCGCGUCACGUCGAUACGUGGUCCGAUUCGGUUCCCAUGGAUACAGAUAUUCUGGUUACGCAUGCCCCUCCAAAGUACCAUCUUGAUCUUCCAGAGGGCUUGGGCUGCAAGUUCCUUCUGAAUGAGGUCUGGCGGGUAAAGCCGACUCUCCAUGUGUUUGGUCAUGUCCAUGCCGGUCAUGGUCAGGAGAUUGUUUCUUGGGACGAGGGGCAGCAGCUGUAUGAAAGGAUUGCUGCAAAAAGAAGCAGUGGUAUUUUGGCGGAUAUGGUUGACAUCCGCGGUUGGCUUGACGCAUGGAAGAUUUUCUUUUACGGCAUUCGGAGUCUUUGGCGAUCCAGGAUAAACGGUGAUAGCACCGGAAUGGGUUUGAUGGUCAAUGCGGCAUUGGUGUAUAGAAGUACUGGCAAGUUGGGAAAUCCCAUCGAGGUAGUCGAGUUAUAGAUUUUCUCUUUCCUUAUACUCAUGGCAACGUCUGUACAGGAGCCAAUCCGACUGCUCGUGUAUUUCAAUUCUCUUUUUCCUCUUGAAAAAGUCCAAGACUCUACUUAGAUUCCAAAAGUAUUUUACUUUAAGAGAGCACAUGCUCCUAAACGCCAUACUAUAUCCGCUAUGCAAAUU